GGAGGAUGUAGGCUGUAGAUGGCGCUACACAGCACUGUAAACGACUGCACAUGCUUUAUUAAACGGAGAAAGAAUUUCCCCGGAAGUUUCUCUUGUGUUUAUUUGCUGUGUGUGUGCUCUUUGUAAAUUCCUAACCGAGAAAUUUGGUAUCAAUGGGUCGCAGAAAGUCGAAGCGAAAGCCUCCUCCCAAGAAGAAAAUGACUGGAAAUCUGGACACGCAGUUUACCUGCCCGUUCUGUAACCACGAGAAGUCCUGCGAUGUUAAAAUGGAACGAAGUCGAAACACAGGUAUAAUAUCUUGUACUGUGUGCUUGGAGGAGUUCCAGACUCCCAUCACCUAUCUCUCAGAACCUGUGGAUGUCUACAGUGAUUGGAUCGACGCUUGCGAAGCAGCCAAUCAGUAGCUCAUUUCAUAGGGUCAGAGGUCAUAGAAGACUGCAUGGCCCUACAAGACUACAAGGUGUAUUUUUCUAUCAUGAAAUGUAUCCUGUAAACAUCCAGUUUGUCUCCUGAUGCAAAGGAAUCAUUUUCAGUCACAUGUAAUCACUGUGUUCCCUUUUGUUAGUAUUAAACAAUGUGAAGACACACAGGAAAUUAGCUGAACUCAAGUGUUGGUGCAUUUGAUAAUACUGGUUUUUGUGACCUACAUAUUUCUACAUUUUUUUUUUAGUUUGUAAACAUUUAAGUUGACAUUCAGGUUUUUAUAUGUUUAAUGACUAGUUGAGGAAAUGUCAAUAAAAACAUGUGCAUCUUCCUUGUUAGGAAUGAAA